AAACCCAAAAAAAAAAAAAAAAAACAAGAGAGAGAGAGAGUGUGUGUGAGAGUGAGUUUACUCUCUCAAGGCUGCUGCUUGCAGGCUUGCACUGCCAUCAAAAGUUGUGGUUCCAAGUUUUAUUACUAAGAGAAACCUCCACCAUCAUCAAAGCCCUCCUCUUCUUUCUUUCAUUUGCUCUCUGUCUCUGUCUCUCUCUCUCCACCAAUCUUGAAGGAAAAACAAAGGCUUUAUCUUUGUUAAAGAGGGUAGUGUGAUUUUCAAGAGUUAAAGGAAGGAAGAUGAGAAAAGGUCUCAUCUUUAUCAUCUCUUAAGUUUAGCUAUAAUAGCAAUCCUAUUUCCUUUUACUUCAAAAUCAUUAUUACAUACUAAAAUAACAAAUCCCAUUCCAUUAUUAUUUGCCCUUUUCAACAAAGUCCACACUUUUACUCCUCACCCUCCCUCUCCCUAUCAUUUUUGCUCUUUCUCUCUAAAUACUCUCUUUCUCUCUCUUGAAAGUGUGUGUUUAGUAGUGCUUGCUUUAUUGUGUUUUUCUUCUCUUUUUCUUUUGAGUUUUUUUUUUUCCUUUCCUCCAUGGAUUCUUAUGAAGCUACUAAGAUGGUUUUUUCAAGGAUCCAAAGUUUGGACCCUGAAAAUGCCUCAAAAAUUAUGGGUUGCCUUCUUUUACAGGAUCAUGGAGAUAAGGAGAUGAUACGUUUAGCUUUUGGACCAGAAACCCUUUUGCAUAAUCUCAUCCUUCAAGCCAAAACCCAUUUGGGUUUUUCUUCUAAUACACCGUCAACACCUUCUACUCCUUCUUCACCUUCUCCUUUUAAUCCUACUUCUUCUAGACCCAGCUCCUUAUCCAUUUCCUCUUCAAGAAUCACGAGCAACAAUAACGGCUUUGACAUCACAAACCCAUCUUCACCUUCUUCAAAUUCUUGGCCUCUGUUGAGUCCGAAUACUACUUCUUCACUCUCUUAUGCUAGUAUUGUUAAUGGUACUAGUAAUAAUAACAGCAACACUGGCUCCUCAUCUUUAUCAUCUACUAUGUCAUUAUCUAAUGCUUUUCCAUAUUACAACAGCAAUAGCACUAACAAUAAUACCAGUAAUGAUCUCAUUGAUGAGUAUCAACUUCAGGACCACUUCUCUUUCCUCAAUGAUUCAAAGACCGAUGAAUUAUUUGAUCCUCGGUUGGAUUUAGCUAUGAGUCCAACUGCAUACGGUGAUACCCAUUUGCAUAGAAGAAGUUUUUCAGUUCCAGGCUUGUGUUUUGGGUCUGAAGAUGCAAAUUCUGGGCUUGGAUGGAAGCCUUGCUUGUAUUUUGCUAGAGGGUUUUGCAAGAAUGGCACCAGUUGUAGGUUUCUUCAUGGAGGGGAGUCAGGUGAUGGUGCUACUCUUGUUGGUUCACCAAGUAAACUCAGUGAGUUCGAACAGUGCCAAGAACUGCUUAGAUCAAAAGCUGCAGCUGCGCAGCAACAAAAGCUAGCUGCAGCCUCACAGUUUAUGACCGGUGCUUCUUUUCCUUACAACAAGUGCAUGAAUUUACUUCUUCAGCAACAAAAUGACACUCAGAGAUCGGCUGCAGCAGCUGCAUUGAUGAUGGGGGAAGAGCUUCACAAGUUUGGUAGAUGUCGUCCUGAAAGGAAUGAUUUUUCAGCAAUGGGACUGGGAGGGGCAAUGAACCCAGGUUCUAGACAGAUCUAUUUGACAUUUCCAGCUGAUAGCACAUUUAGAGAAGAAGAUGUUUCAAAUUACUUCAGCAUUUAUGGACCAGUGCAAGAUGUGAGGAUUCCAUACCAGCAGAAAAGAAUGUUUGGGUUUGUUACAUUUGUGUAUCCGGAAACAGUGAAGCUAAUAUUAGCCAAAGGGAAUCCUCAUUUUGUGUGCGAUUCGCGUGUGCUUGUGAAGCCUUACAAGGAGAAGGGAAAAGUUCCAGACAAGUAUAGAAAGCAGCCUCAUCAACAACAACAGAUGGAAAGGGGAGACUAUUCAGCUUGUUCAAGCCCUUCUGGGCUUGAUUCUAGAGAGCCGUUUGACCUCCACCUUGGAGCUAGAAUGUUUCAGAACACUCAAGAGAUGUUAUUGAGAAGGAAAUUAGAGGAACAGGCUGAGUUGCAGCAAGCUAUUGAGCUCCAAGGAAGAAGACUAAUGAAUCUGCAACUUCUUGAUUUCAAGAAUCAUAACCAUCAUCAAUUUCUUCAUGGUUUGUCUACCGGGUCUCCUGUGCCCUCCCCUACUCCCUCUCGCACUCCCAACAGUCAGACCCUCAUUUUUCAACCUGAUGGCAUUGAUCAAGAAGUUCCCGAAGAGAACGGUGGCAUCCCAGAUGCGGUGGCAUCUCGAAAUGGAGUUGCGGAUGGUGAACUGGAGGUGAAUCCAGUUAGUAAUCAUAGUAAUGGCAACAGCUAUAAUAGUAGUACGGAGGAGAAGAGCAGCACUGAAGAAAAUGAUCUCCGUGAAAGUUUGGAGCACAUUCUCCCUGAUAACCUGUUCACUUCUCCAAAGAAGUCAGCUGGUGAUAACACCGUCUUCUCCACUACUGCUUUGGAGGUUGAUGAUAAUGCUAUAACUUCGACUACAUCUUCUUCUAACAGUAACCUUGUAUUGCCCACAACUUCCACUCUCAAUAUGACUUCUCUUAAAACUUGUUUUCUCCAAAUUCCCAGGUUUUCUUCCGGGCAUGGAACCAUUGGCAUGUAGUUGGCAGAGAUGAGCAUGGCCAGCAAUGGGGAGAUUGACUUUGCUAGGAAAUAUUGGAAAGCAUGAUACAGGGAAGAAAAAAAAAAAAAAGAAAUCCUCUAGCUGUAUAGCCAAAAAAUCAUACCCACAACAAAGAAAAAGAUCUGUAGACAAGAUCUCAGCAAGAUCACCAUCAUCAUCAAUACAUACUACUUACAAUGAAUACAUAAUGCAUACAUAAAAGGACAGAUGAACUGAUAUAUGAGAGUGGGGUCUUUCUGUUUUUCCUCACUGUGUAGUACUCUCUCUGUAGGUGAGUUUGUGAGUGUGUGUGAGUGUGUGUUACCGUCUGCUGGACCACACAGCAAUAGCAGCAGCAGAAGAAGAAAGAAGAAGAAGAAACAAAAGGCUAGUAAUAGUAACUCUCUUAUCAUCUGUAAUUUAGUCUUUCUUUUUUACUUUUUUUUUUUUACCAUCUUUUGAUGUGAGAUUUAAAAAAAAAAGGUUGUUGAGCCUCCUAUAGAAAUUCAGGUUCUCUUCCUGGUGGAGAAGAAUAGUUCUAUGUCAUUAUGUGUACAGAAAUAGACCCCAAGAAGUUUAAAGAACUGUAGCAGAAGUAUAACUACUAUAUGGAUAUGGAGCCCAAAAGCGUAAAUUAAAUGACUGAAGUGGGGGAGGGUAAAAGCUGUCUCACUGUCACUCUUUUUCAAGUUUUUAUUGCCCUUGUUGUCACUGUUAUCUGUCAUCCAAUAGAUUAUGCAACAGGCAGAACAGAAAAGAUGUUAAAUUUUUUUUUUCUAUAAAGAAAAAAAGAUGGCUAAAGUAAAGAUUGUUCUUUCA